AUGGACUCGCAAGAUAAAGCCGAUUCGCAUGUCCUCCAUCAUUCAGCAGAGCUUGGCCAGGUGUGGGUUACCAACUCGACUACGGUCGAGUGGUAUAGGGAAAAUACGUAUUUCCGCAGGUUCAAGUUCACUGAAAAUGUGCUCCUUGCAGGGUUCACCAAGUGGGAGUCGAACCAGGAAUCGUUGGUGAUUGUGUUAAAGAACUACAUCCAGAUAUACUUUUUGGACGACGGGGAUUCGCAUUCCAUCAAGCUUCCGUUCCCUGUUUCGAAGGCGUAUUUUUACAUCAAUGGAGUGCUACUUGAGGUGCUUCGCGAUCCUGAUCUGGUUGAUCUGGAUGUGAUGGCAGGGACACAUAAGUUCAUCACGCUUUCUGAUCCGCUCAUGCCGUUUGGGUCGAUUACGUUUGCAUCUAAUCACGCGGAUAUCGACCAAUACACGCUGUUGCACUUUCCGGAAUACGAAUCGUACGGGAUAGCGGUGUUGUAUCACAAGUCGAAGCAGUUCAUCAGUUUCUAUAGUGCGGAGCUUCUGAACUCGAGGUCCACGAUGGGGCCGGAUCCGUCGUCUAUAUUUACCAUGAAGAGGAAAAAGAGCUAUGGGAACCUAAUGCCCAGCGAAAGCUGUGUCCCGCUUGGGUCCUCGUCUGCUCAGCGCAAACGGACCUCGGAGCUUCAUAUUGGGUCGCCGAUCAGCGCCAGCACCACCACCACCGCGACGAACGAUGGCGGCGGUGGUGGCUGCGGUGGCAGCAGCAACAAUUCGAAUUCGAAUGCAAAUUGCACUUCAAACAACAGCAGCAGUAACGGUAACCUUAACAGUAACUUUGCUUCUACCGGGCUCACAAGUACGCUAAGACGACGGCUCACGAUGAAUAGAAGGACAGCUUCUGCAACUGUCAGUUCAGAUCCGCCAAAUCAGAACAGCACUCCGCGUGCGAGUACACAUAGUAAUGCUAGUGUUAAUAAGGCUUCGCAGCUGAGAAGCUCAUCAGCAACAUUAGAUAGAAUGGUCAUGUCUGAUAAUGGAUUUAGUUUGCCCUCGCAGAUGGGGCUGAACUCAAAUCCUCAAGACCUGCUCUCGCAACCAGUGAUAUCUAAAGAUGGCCUACUAACUAAAAUUACCUCAUCACCCUUGCCCUUCAAACUCUCAAACAAGGUUAAGGUCGUGUCGACAAAGUUUAACGAUAGAGUCACGAUAGCCGUCUAUGACCGGGAGCAUGACUGGGGUAGACUAUGGAUAUUCAACUUGAAUUCUCCGUUAGUUGGAAGCAUGAAGUUCAAGGCCUUUGGUUAUUCCCCAAUGUCCCUUGUAAAAUCUAUGGAUAUCAAGAAAAUGAUGAUAUUAGACAUUUGUGCAUACGACUCUCAGUACUUACCUGGUGUAUUUGCCCUUUUGUUGGACGGUGAGAUUGCUCUAUUUAAUCCAACUUUGGAUGCCAUGUCCCCCUGCUUCCCGUUGGAUGGUAAACCGCAAUAUCGAAAUAUUCACUGUAUAUCGCCUACGGACUUAUUUUUGGAAAAAGACCACUACACAAUUCCUCCUGUAACUUAUCCUAGAAGUCAAACGGUCCAGAAAUAUUUUGAAGCCAUCAGGUACUUGGUGCCCCCUGCAAUCUUUUCGUAUUUGCUCUCCAUUUGGCAACUUACUAGGAUGAUUGUUGCCGAUAAGGAAUGUGAAAAUCACGAUAUCCUUGCGUUCGAGUAUACCAUGCCGUCAUUUCUAGUGACCGCAGAUUCCCAUUUCUACGAUGAUGUGUUUGAAAAGAUUCUGAUGGAGCCAUUUUCGAGUUGUGGGAAUACUGUGUGGGAAUGGCUACCCAAAAUAGUCAUGUGUUUGCAUCUUUUGAGGGAAGAAUUUCAAUUAAAUGUUUUGCAACUGCACAACGUAAAACGUUUGGACAAAUUAUUGAGUAGGCUAACUUAUUUGAUGGGCUGGCCGUCUGUGUGGGUUGAUUAUUAUCACUGCAAAAGGGAACCCAUUGAGCCUUUGCAAGUACAAUUUACGCACCCGUUGGAUGAACCUCCAUCGAUAUUUAGAUCACUUUAUAGUGUCACGCAAAGUCCUGUGGUUGAAGUGGUUCCCUUUAUCACGUUUUCGCGAUUGGCUGAACAAGAGGGAACUGCAGUUGAUGCGAUCGUUACACCGCGAACCCAUAAAUUGUUGAGGUUGUUUGAGUCACUGCAGUCUAGGCAGCAUUUGAGUAACAACUUACUUGAACGUUUGAACGAAUUGCAAAUUGAUCAGGGAGAAUUUGAAACGUAUCCUAUUGGUGUUUAUGCGCCGUUGAAGAGAUUUUUACACGAACUAGAGCCGACGAUAAAUAAGGUAGAUCCUGCUAUGAAUGUGUCCCUAAUUACGCGAUCUGACUUGAGUACUUGUAUUGCAUUAAUGAAAGGUGAAACGCCGAAUGAUAGGAGAGACUUCCCUUCCCAUUCAAAAAACAGGAUUGACUUUAAAGUGAAAGAUAUUGCAGAACUAACGAGUUCAAUCUUGGAGUUGCGAAGAGGUGCAGAAACUUCAUUGAGUACACGUUCGUUGGAGAUUUUCGAUAGUAAGGAAAAUGUAUUUUUUGAUGAAAGUUUGUUUGCUGAGGUUUUAUCCAUGUUUACUUAUUCGAACCCUCAUAAAGCUUAUUUCCCCCCAUUAAGUGGUGAAUAUACAAAAAUCUUAAAGUUAAAAAAGCACGCUGCCACAACUUUAGCAUAUAAAGCGUUUACCAGUGGCCUUGGGAAGGCUGCCGUUUUUUAUUGUUCUGAAGAGGCCAUAAAUGCUAAAAAGGCCCUGCGUGACGAGUUAAAUUUGAAUUUUAAGUUUCCAAGCGAUGGCAGUAAGCUUUCGUUAUCUAAAGCAAAAUUUCCUGAUGAAUUUUUAAAGUGGGCUGAAUUCCAUCGUGGUGUGGCGAGAGGAAUAGCCAUUUCUAAGUCAGUAGCUAAUGUAACUAGUUCAUGGAUUAAUUAUAAUAGGCCUCCGUGGUUGGAUGCACAGUAUGGUGGGUUUUUAUUGGGGCUAGGGUUAAACGGUCAUCUAAAAGUAUUGGAGGAGUGGCAGCUUUAUAAUUUCUUGAGCCCCAAACAUACGCAUAUUAGUAUUGGGUUACUAUUAGGUAUAUGUGCAAGCAUGAAGGGUUCUAUGGAUCUAACUUUGACCAAAGUUUUGAGUGUUCACAUUGUUGCUUUAUUACCUCCAGGAUCUAGUAAUUUGAAUAUUCAUCACAGGGUGCAAACAUCAGGAUUAGUCGGAGUCGGUGUCCUUUACCAAUGCUCUCAACAUAGAAGGAUGAGUGAUCUAUUGUAUUCGCAAAUCACUUCUUUCGUUACAAUUAAUGAGGAACAAGUACCUGAUGAAGGUUACAGGUUGGCCGCAGGUAUCGCUUUAGGGUUGGUGAACAUGGGUGCUGGAUAUAGAUGUUUAACUAUAAGAAGUUAUGGCGAUAGUGAUACUGAAAUGAUUGAGUAUGAUGAACGGGAUCCUAUACAUUCUACAACAGAUCCAUUUAAUGUUCAAAAUACAGCAGCUUAUAUGGAUCCAGGUAUUAUUGAGGGCCUAUUAAAAUUAGUUACUACUGUUCAUGAUGUGGAAGAGUCAUGGAUGCCUGAUAAUUCUCAGUUAGGUGCAAUAGUGGCUUUGAUGUUAAUGUUUUUGAAGUCGAAUUUUGGCGUUGUUGCUGCAAAAUUAUCUGCUACGAGCGACGACACUAAACGUGGGGAAACGUGGUAUAUAAAGCCUGAAUUAUUUAUGUAUAGGGAAUGGGCAUCUAACAUGGUAAUGUGGGAUAGUAUUGAAGGAAGUGUGGAUUGGAUAAUCGGGAUGCUUGAUGGAAAUGAACAACAUAUUGAGAUUGAUAGCGAUAUGUUACCUACUUAUUAUAUUAUUGCAGGGCGUGUGUUAUCAGUGGGGAUUAAGUAUGCAUCAACAAAUGAUAUUGGGCUUCGUGAUGGUCUCUUUACCAUCCUAGAUCAGUUUCUCCCAUUUUAUCAAUAUGCUAUGGGGAGUACUGUUGAUGAACAGUUGAUGUACAAGGGAAUCUCAAUGCUUGUGAAUGUUUUGAUAAUUUCUUUAAGCUUAACCAUGUCUGGCUCUGGUGAUGUUGAAACGUUUAAAAGGAUUAGAUAUCUACACAAUGUUGUUCAUGGGAAGGGAUCUUAUGUAAAUGAGAUGCAUGCUGAGUCUCCUUCGGGUUUCAGGGAAGGUGAUGCUACCGGAAUUCAAGAACAGAAUGGAAGAGUCAUUGAUCCACUACUCCAAGUUGAAGAGAUUACAAACCCCACCAAUAACUUAACCCUUGAAGAGGAUUCAGACUCUGAAGGGGCGAAUCCAGCAAACCACCUCAGGGACAAUGAAAAUCAUUAUGGCAAAUACAUGGCCACAAGUUUAUCUUUGGGUUUCUUAUUUUUAGGACUGGGGAGGUAUGCAAUUAAGACUAAUGAUUUGGAUAGUCUAUCCUAUCUAAUAAUUAGUGUCCUACCAACAUUUAUGCCGCCUUACUAUUUGCAAGAAACUAAAUAUUUGUGGUGUAUGUCGGUAGACACGAGAGUUUUGGUGCUAAGGGAUUCUGACACAGACGAAUUACGUGAGGACAUUCCAUUGGAAAUUGUUAUUCGUGAUUCUAAAAGAGAUUCGAACCCGCAAAUGGUUAUACACGGAUGCAGUUCUCCAUGCUUAUUGCCUCCACUGGAAACUAUUCGCUCUAUAAAAAUUGAGGAUCCUGCAUAUUAUCCCCUAUUUUUGGAGUUUAAUGACAAAUUCACGGCAAAUGAUUAUUUCAAAAAAGAUUGUGUUAUAUAUGUUAAAAGAAGAGAUGAAAUUGAUGAGAAUGUAGAUCCGGAGAUAGAUCCAAUAGAAUAUAUGAACAACGUUAAAAAAGAGCUAUCAAGGAGAGCAAUACAUCAUGGCGAUUCAGAGAGUAAUAUUAAUACAGAAGCGAGCCGUAAUGUACCGUUAGUUCAGAAAUUGCUGACAAGUUUAGGACUACAAGAUACGACACGAAUAGAAUUUGAAGAUGUUGUGAGCAAUCAUAACCGCCUUCUACAAGACCAAAGUUUUAAUUUGGAUAUGAUCUGCAGUUCAGAGGACACAGAUUACCAGUUAGAACUUUGGAGAAGGAGACAUGGCUUGUAA